CAUCAACUUGUCAUUGAGAUGUGAACUUUAUGUACUUUUAUCUGUAUCUUCUGAACGAAUCAUCAACGAGGGCAACGAAAUAAUUAGAAGCAAGGAAGUCGGUCAGGAUAUUUCGGGAGGCAUUAAGUUACGAGUGCAAAUUUACUUGGCGGUAGCACUUGUUCACAAUUCGCUAUUUCGAACGAGAUACCUGAUGGAAAUGGAAGUCAUCUGUAUUUCGUCCGAUGACGAAUCAGAUUCGCAAAAGGAAAACAAAACGGAUAAAGUUCUAAUGAAGUCUGCAGAGAUUAAUAAUGGAACCUUUGCUCAUGAAGAAACGGAAAUUUUACUGAAUGUUAAUGAUAAAAUUGAAGAAAAGAAUUUGAAACGAAAAAUAAUGCAUACAAAGAAAGAAAUAACUUGUAGUAUAGAAAAAAGGAAAAAGUUAGAUGUUGAUCAGGCUGAGUCCGAAGUGAUAAGUAAACCUAGUAUAUGUUCUAUAGAUGUUUUACCUGAGAUAUAUCUUGUUAAAUCUAAUUAUAAUGAACAAUCAAAUAAAGAUCAGGAAAUAAAGACACAAUUGAUUGUGAAGGAAAAGAAAAAGAUAUCAUAUAUCUCACAGGACGUUUUUCCCCUAUUUAUAAGUUUAUGUCUGCAAAAAUGUCCAAAACAAGAUAAAUCAGAAAUGGCCAUUAUUGUUGAUAAGUUAAAAAGACGUUACGAAAAUUUAGAUCCAAUUUAUGUGAGAUCAGAUAAUUUUGUUGCGUUUUUAAAUGAGAAACGCCAAGCUAUUACGAAUGACAGCAAAAAAAUAUACGUGCACAUACAGGAAGUGAUGAAUGAGAUGAAAAAAAGGGCUAAAAAGAAAUCCCAAACAUCGCAAAUUAAUGAAAUCUAUGAUGCAGUUCCUUCUACUUCCUAUGCUAUGAACAAUGUACCUAUUAAUGCAGUAAAAUCGGAUAAUGAUAGUGAGGAUGAUAAUAACGAAGAGGACGAUAAUAACGAAGAGAACCUUGAAACAAGAAUAAAGGUGAAGAAAAUAUUAUACGCUAUGAAAAAAUGCGAUGCAAUUAUUAAGAAGUUGGAAGAAGCAGAAGUUGAUUUUAAUGAGGAAAAUGAUAGUAAUUACAUAAAAGUCGAAAGGUAUAAACAGAAAAUGAUAGAACUAUAUGAUAAACUUUGUAAGCUAACAGGAGAAAAUGCUGAUGCAGGACGUACAUAUUUGCGUCCUAAACAUUUAAAUGUAACUCGGAUUGUUGCUGUGGAUCAAGCAAUAACGAAUUUUAUUAACUGUAAAAUUACUCAACGAAAUCAGUUGAAAAAAAAAGGAAGUCUUACAGAUAAUUUAAUAUUCCCUGAUUACAGGGACAUCUUGGAAUGUGUCAAUAGAUGUAAUGAAAAAAGAAAUUUAGGUUUAAAUAGUAAAAAGCGAAAACAAAUGGCAGAGAGAGCUUUCAAAGAACUUGGAGAAUACUUGCAACGCUCAAGACGUAAUGAUUAUUGGGAUACCUUUUCUUUGUAUCUUGAAAAUUCAGAAGAUCCAGCUACAAAAGAUAAAGAUUUAGCAAAAAAACUCGCUGACAAUCGUACCGAGGGUGAAAAACGAUUAGCUGCCGUAUUUGAAAAAUAUACAAAGAAACAAACGGAACUACGAAACCAAAAUAAUGAAGGAACAAUUUCGGAGGAAGAAGAAGAUGAAGAUGAAGAUGAAGAUGAAGAUGAAGAUGAAGAUGAAGACGAAGAUGAAGAUGAAGAUGAGGAUGAAGAAGUAGAAGUAGAAAUAGGAAGUAUUACAUAUGAGGAUAAGAGUGAUGAUAUCUUAUCUAUAUCAAGUGAAGAGGACAAUGAGAAGGAAGAAAACACAGAUAAAACAGUUAAAAUAAAUGAAUUACCUGUGGAAAAGGAUAAACCUAAUAUAAAUAUGAUAAAUAUACAUUAUGCUAUGGAUAUUUCAAAUAAAACCAUAGUAAAUACCUUACCAGAAAAAUGUAACAAAACAGUUGAAAUAAAAGUUAGAAAAGAAAGUAAUAUGGCAGUAUCAAAUAAGAAUAAGACAAUUAGUGAGAAAAUAGUUCAGAAACCAUGCAGUAACAACAUUAUUCCAAGGAACGUGACAGAUGUGAAUAAACCAUGCAGUAGUAACACUAUUCCAACAAACGUCGUGACAUAUGUGGAUAAACCAUGCAGUAGCAACACUAUUCCAAAGAAUGUUGUAACAGAUGUAGCUAAACCUUGCAGUAGCAACACUGUUACAAGGAACGUUGUGACAGAUGUGAAUAAACCACAUUGCAGUAGCAACACUAUUCCAAGGAACAUUGUGACAAAUGUGAAUAAACCAUGCAGUAGCAACACUAUUCCAAGGAACGUUGUGACAAAUGUGAAUAAACCAUGCAGUAGUACUAUUCCAAGAAACAUUGUGACAGAUGUGGAUACUAUUAGCAAAAAGAUAGUUCAUAAACCAUGCAACAUUACUUCAAGGAACCUCACGAACGAUGUGAAAGAUGUGGAUAACAAAAAGCAAGAGGAUUCGCUACCAGCAGCUUCUACAUCAAACUACACAAAGGAUCUAGCAGAGGCCAAAGUGAAAGGUCCAAGGGAAUCCAAAGUUAUGACAGAUCCUGCAACAAAGAAGGAUGUGGCAGUUACGGUAACCAGCAUGGAAAAUACAGCAGAAGUAGUAACAGAAAAUGUUAUGGAUGAAGUAACUGAGAAUAUACCAAACAAUGAGCCACCGGAAGAGGAAAAGAAACCUUUAUUGCGAGUGCGUUCAUUUGCUAAACCUCCGAGGACUUGGCAGGAUAACCAACAUAAAACAGACAAGACCGCCCAAAAAAAUGCGCCAAAGGUAGUAAAUCAAAUUAAAGAAAUUGUUGAUUUGACUAAUGAAGGAACGGCCAAACCUGUUACCAAGUGCGCUGUACAACUUGGAAACAAAGUAGUUCCCCUAGUGAAACGUCAUACAGUAACGUUCAUACCAUCAAGUAGCAAUAUAAUUAGCGUCAAAAAUAUUACGAAUAAUUAUCUGAAGGUAAAUACGCGAACAGGCCAAAUUAUAGCUCCUGUGCAUGAUAUUCGCACAGGAGCUACGAUAAUCCGACUGCCAGUUCAAACUACUGGUCAGAGUCAACUACAAAACACGAAUUUAACAAACGAAGUAUCUUUAAAAGGAAAGAGGGUAUUAAAAAUUGUACCUACGAAGUCGAUUAUCUUGCCUAAGCCAUCGGUAGUGCCAUCCGUCUCCAAGCAAACGGAUGUGAGUUCAUCGAUAACACAAUCCAAAUGACUCAAAUACAUAGUAAGGACUAUUCUUUUAGAUCAUUGUUAUACAAAAGUGAUGUCGAUUCGAUCACUUUAUCAAGAUUAAUCUUGUUUUUAAAUUUACAUUUAAUGUGUAUAAUAAAUAUUUCUAGUUUA